AUGAAAUCAAUUACAAUGACAAUAUGUAUUUUUACAAAUUUAUUAAUUUUGGGAAUGUUUGGAUACUUUUAUUUAAUAUUAUCACAAUAUUGGUCAUAUUGGUCCAAACACUCACAAUAUCCUGUGAAUUCAAAGAAAAGUGUUUACGAUAAAGAAAUAUUUUAUUAUAAUCGUGGAUAUCCAAAUGAAACUCAUAAUUCACCAAUAAUCCAAAGUAUUUCAAAACGAACCAGACGGCAGAUUUUAAAAAAUGAUACCGUAUUGAUAACUGAUAAUGAACAUGAAAUAAAUUGUACAUUAAAAAUUGAAAAUUACAAAAAUAAAUUAUCGAUGGAAUUACAACGAAUUUUAAUGAAAGAAGGGGAUGUAUUUAACACGGGUGUUAAAUUAAACAAUCCAUAUAGUGUACAAUAUUCAGGUGUACGUGAAAAUUUUAUGAAAAAAACUUCUCAUGAACUGAUAUGCCAGAUGAAAAAAACCGUAUCUGUAAGUACAAUCACACGUAAAGAAUUUCCAUACAAUACAAAAGAAAAUUUAAAAUAUUUUCCAAAGAAAACAAUGUUUAAAAAUAAAAGAUUUAAUUCUUGUGCGAUUAUUGCAAGUGCUGGCUCAUUGUUAAAUUCCAAUUUAGGCUCGUUUAUAGAUGACCACGACGUUGUUUUACGAUUUAAUCAUGCACCUACAGAAGGGUAUGAAAAGGAUGUUGGACGUAAAACAACUGUAAGAAUUGUAAACUCACAAGUUGUGACCAAAUCCCGAUUUGAUUUCUUAACAUCAGAUUUAUACACGAAUAUUACAAUAUUAGUAUGGGAUCCAAGUAAUUAUUCAGCAUCAUUAGUCGAUUGGUAUCAUCAUCCCGAAUAUCCAUUUUGGGAUAAUUUUAAACAAUUUCGUAUGGACCAUCCUCGCACAAAACUAUUUUUAUUAAAUCCACAAUCAUUAUGGUCUAUAUGGAAUUUUUUACAGAGUAAUUCAUUAAGCCGAUUACGAAAUAAUCCACCAUCGUCUGGAUUUCUUGCAUUAGCACAGCUAAUAAAUUUUUGCAAGUAUGUGGAUAUGUUUGAAUAUAUACCAUCUGUACGAAUUACAAGAAAAUGUCAUUACUUUGAUCUAGAAAACAAUCCUGCAUGCACAUUUGGUUCAUGGCAUCCAUUAGCUGCUGAAAAGUUAAUAGCAUAUGCAAUGAAUAUUGCAAAUGAUUAUCAAGUAUUUCAAAAUGGUUUUAUUCGAAUUCCAGGUUAUUCAGAAACGCGUUGUUAAAGAUUGUAGUUUCAAGCA